AUGGACCAAAGUGGUAUCACUCCAAAUACUUCAAAUCAGCAGUUAAUUAAUAACAGUGACAAUGAUUCUGCGACAGCACUGCUUCAAGGAAAGCAAACCAGAAGAAGAGAAAAUCUUGCCGAAGUCACUUUCGUAGAAUAUAUGACCGUGGGAAUAUUGUGUUUUGUAAAUCUAAUCAAUUACAUGGACAGAUUUACAAUAGCUGGUGUGCUAGGCGAUGUCACGAACGAAUUCAAAAUCGGCGAUGAUAGCGCUGGAUUCCUGCAGACUGUAUUCGUGGUGGCCUACAUGGUGUUUGCGCCGAUGUUCGGAUACCUCGGCGAUCGGUAUUCAAGGCGGAUGAUAAUGGCGUUUGGAGUCGCACUGUGGAGUAUUACAACCUUCGCUGGUUCUUUUAUAUCGAACUUCGCACUGUUCGCGUUCUUUCGAGGGCUGGUGGGUAUCGGCGAAGCUUCGUAUUCAACCAUCGCCCCAACCAUUAUUAGCGACCUCUUCGUCGGGAACGUGCGCUCUAAGAUGCUGGCUUUCUUUUAUUUUGCUAUUCCCGUUGGAAGCGGUUUCGGGUACAUAGUUGGGUCAGUGGCGGGCGCCGCCGCUGGCAAUUGGCGAUGGGGGCUCCGCGUGACCCCUUUCCUGGGCGCGGUGGCUGUAGUACUCAUAGCAUGGGUGAUGCAGGAUCCUGAACGUGGUCAGGCUGAGGAAAGCAACAUAAAACCUACAUCCUAUACAGAAGACCUUCGGGCACUCGUCAGAAAUCCAUCGUUCAUGCUGUCAACACUGGCCUUCACUUGCGUCGCGUUCGUAACGGGCGCGCUCGCAUGGUGGGGCCCGCAGUUCAUCUACUUAGGACUCACUCUGCAACCGGAUGUCAACAUAACGAAAGAAAGCGUGUCGUACAAGUUCGGGCUGGUGGGCAUGGCGGCGGGCGCGCUGGGCGUGCCGGGCGGCGCGGCGCUGGCGGCGCGGCUGCGCGCGCGCGCGGCGCACGCCGACGCGCUCGUGUGCGGCGCCGCGCUGCUCGCCUCCGCGCCGCUCGUCUACCUCGCGCUGCUCGCCGUCUGCGCGCACCACGCGCUCGCCUACCUCCUCAUGUUCCUCGGCAUGCUCACGCUCAACCUCACCUGGUCGAUCGUCGCGGACGUCGUCCUGUACGUUGUCAUCCCACCGCGACGUUCUACGGCAGAAGCUUUCCAAAUUCUUAUAUCACAUAUGCUUGGGGAUGCUGGUAGUCCCUAUUUAGUAGGAGUGAUAUCUGAGAGUUUGAAGAAAUCAUUAGGUUCAGGACACAUGGAGACACCAAGCCAGAGUGUACAGUUUAGAGCAUUACAAUAUGCACUUUUUGUAACCUGUUUCGUCGAAGUUUUAGGAGGAGCGUUAUUUUUGAUGACAUCAAAGUACAUAGUCAGAGAUAAACAGAAAGUGGACAGAGCAAUUGCCGAUUCGGAAGCACGAAAUAGCGAGCCCUCACACAUUCAAGCCCAUGAAGAGAAUGUGGUUGGUGAAUAG